AUGGUUGAAAAAUGUGUGGUUUUUGGAUGCAGCAACUCUCGAAAUGUAGAGAAAGGAAUCAGCAUGCAUAAGAUUCCUUCUGAUAACGAUCCGAGGCCUGAAGUCCGCCGAAGAAGACAACGAUGGAUAAAGUUCGUGAAUGAGACGCGCAAACACUGGACCCCGGGAAAGACUUCUUCCAUAUACACCGUAUUCACAAAUGGCGGACACGCGGGAAAAAACUGGUGCCUAGUCAUGAAAGCGAGGCGUUGGAGGGUAAACAAAAAUUGCAAAUGAAGACUUUCAGUGAACUUGCAGAGUGUUUAGCACGGAUUCCACCUAAAAUAACUUUGUACGGACUUCUUUUUAAAUACAAUUACGUGGGAUGUCUUCAGCUUUUCAUGUUUAGUAUUGAUUUGCUGUUUGCAAUCAAAAGGGACGCGUAUAUCUUCAAGGAAACAGCAUGAUUUUGUAGGUUUCCGAAGCAUCAGAAGCUCGACAAGUCGGCGAUGGCUGGAGAAAAGCGGCAAACAUGUUGGCCCAAACUUCACCUUGAAACCGAGUUCGAAAGCCAGCUCACUGCAAUUCGGUAAAACAAAAAUAUAAACAAUGCAAAUCUUGGUGGCAAGAAAAAAAGAAAUAAGCGAUGGAUAUAUGGCCUACUUGUUAACGCAAGAGACGUGUGCCAUUGAACAAAACAGUUCAAAUCGAGAUGGAAAAAAGGAAGACAGGAAAGAAGCGGUGACUGAGGUUUCGAUGAAGUUAUGUUUGGUUUUUGUUUGCCAGGACGUUAUUCUCUGGUUUUUAUCGAUGACGGACAUCAAUUAGAACUAUCUUUUUGGUAUAAAUGCAGGAGCGAUCGAGUGGAGUACGCUCAAAAUUUCAACUUGUUACUCGGCAGACUCGGUAAGCCGGCCACAUUUCAUUUCAGCGAGUAAUUUUCCUAUUUCUUAUCUUUGGCUGUUAAGAGUUUUAACUUCAUGUUCCGUGAUAUUUUAAAAGUGAAGAAUACAUAAAUAAAUAAAAUGAUGGUCUUCUUAAACGGAUCUAGACUCGCAGUUAAUGAUUCGAAACAGAAGCUUGCCGUGUUCAGUCCUGACACAAACAUUGCCUUAAAAGUUUAAUCUAGUAAAAUGUGAGCUUUAUACCACUUUUUUACCAAGAGCUCUCCGAGAUAAUGCCGUAAAGGAGACCAGGCAAAUAGCAAGCCAUAAGAUUCACAUACUAGAGCUUCUAGUUUUGAUAAAAUUAUUUUAUUUCGCAAUGACAAAGAAAUCAAAAGAUUUUAAAUUUGCACUGAAUUUGCUAAGCUCUACCAACGUACCUCUAACAAUUCACUCCAAAGCGACGGAAUUAAUAUCAUCCAAAGGAAGCUGUAAAUACAGACAUACAUAGAUAUGUGUAAAAUGACACUGACAUGAAUGAAUGAGUCUCGUGAAUGAAUCUUUCACCCGCUCUCGACUUGACCUCUAGUAAUGGCGGAGGUCUCUUCCGUUGACAAGUAGGCCAUAUAUCCGUCGCUUAUCUCUUUUUUUUUUCUUGCCACCAUCUGUUUUUACUUCUGUUUUACAGAAUUGCAGUGAGCUGGCUUUCGUAUUCGGUUUCAGCGUGAAGUUUGGGCCAACAUGUUUGCCGCUUUUCUCCAGCCAUCACCCACUUGUCGAGCUUCUGAGGCUUCGGCAACCUACAAAAUCAUCCUGUUUCCCUGAAGAUAUACGCGUCCCUUUUGAUUGCAAACAGCAAAUCAGUACUAAACAUUAAAAGCAGAAGACGUCCCACGUCAUUGUAUUUAAAAAGACGUCCAUACAAAGUUAUUUUAGGUGGAAUCCGUGCUAAACACUCUGCAAGUUCACUGAAAGUCUCAAUUUGCAAUUUUUGUUUACCCUCCAACGCCUCGCUUUCAUGACUAGGCACCAGUUUUUUCCCGCCUGUCCGCCAUUUGUGAAUUUCAGGGCGGAAAAACGUUCUGCGCAAGCUUCUGCGCAUCCUUUAUCGCAGGCUCAAGGCGGGCUUUUCUGUGUGAUGACUGUGUUCGACCGUUUGUUUGUUUGUCACUGGUCACUGAGAGAGUUCUGACUAAGACUAAAUGAAAUGCACAAGGUGUGAACGUUUGCUCCUCGAAAAGCCUUUUUACUUUUGUGUGGUUUUUGUUUUUCGUCACUUGAAAAUUACUUUGGACUCGGAGCAACCAAUGUUAAAGGAAAAACGGAUCAUUCCGUCAGUCUGAGGUGGAAUAAAGAGUUUUGAACAUUUCCAAAGAGGCGAGUAUUUUUUUGAUUGAUCAUUCGAUUUAUUUGUGAGUUGAUUUCGCCUUCUUUCGCCGGGCUGAAUUAAAACCCACUUUUUUUUUAAAUUAGUAAAUACUUUUUCACAUGCCCAGAUUUAUUCCCUUUGCUUUACCCUUCUCUUCAGUCAAAGAACCAUUUUGUGCGCCCUAAAACUUUCUCGGAAAUACCGGUUGAAGGCCAGUAAACUUACUCUAGAAGAAAAGAAUCAUUUUUCUGUUGCUCAAAUACUAUAAGUAGUCAGAGUUUUCUUCACUUUUAAUUACAUAGUUUUGUUUUCCACUGCACUGUGAAAGUUUCUGUUCUUUAUAAGAAAUAACUUUCUGUACGCAAAUUUCCCAUUUCACUCGCUGUGAAAUAGAGGACAACUGCCGGCAGUGACUUCAAAACAAUUGACUCUGCCCGUAACACUGAAUUGCUGGAGCUGGAUUUGUCUGAAGCGAGCAAAACAAAUACCCUUAUGUGCAGUUUUCUGAAUUUUGUAACGAUUGGCUGAGUUUAAUUUGCUUCAAUGAAGACCCUCACACGGACCAGUUAUUCGCUGAGUUAUUAAAGCGAGGAGAAGAGCUACAUGGUGAAUCAUGGUUUAAAUGCGAUAGCUCACUGCAACUGAUCGUUUGCUUUUAAGAUCUUUAGGUAGGUUGUUUUCGUACAAAAAAUUCAUUUCUUCAUUGUCAGAAAGACGUUUUUGCAAUAAUGUAAUUUUAACUUUGUUUGAAGGAAAUCCUACUUACGUGUAGGUUUUUGACAGAUGUUAUGCAUUUUCAACUUGACAACACAAGCAUAAUUUAUAUUUAUCUCUUAGUACGCGAAACGAUCAAGUUUAAAAAUAAACUAUAGUUGCUUUAAAACCGAUUUUUGGGAAGAUUUUACGAGAUAAAGAUUGACCUUUUUUCUGCCCGCAUAACAACGCAAUAACUUGUACAUUGAGGAUUUUGUUUAUAUUUUAGUUAUCUGCGAAACUACGAGUGUCCGAUCGAGCGAGGGUUUUAAAAUAUCAGCUCGAGUGCGACAAGUUCAGUGCCUUCAAACACAUUGUGGGCAAGCGUUAAUUUUUUUGGGCAAAUCACUGUCCAAAGAUAUGUUGUUUUUGUGUCCACAGUGGAGCUCCGGACCUUAUAUAUCCAGGAACUUGCUUAUAUGAACACAUUUUGUGAAUGCAUCUUGAAAAAAAUCGGACCUACGCAUGCACAUUUCCAGUACAACGCAAGGAAAUUGAUGUCGUUAAAGUCCGUUUUACUAUGAGGUAUUCGUCGAGAAAAUUAAGUAACGACAAGGUUAUAACCACAGCUUGCAACUUUUGAAGACAAAUUGCCUGUUCUUUCCAGGUUAUGAGUGGAAACAUCUUAUUUUUAGGCAGUAAAAUAUUUGAAAUCCCGCCAUUUUUUCAAACCCGGCCAGGGGAUCUGGGCAAAAAAGUUCACGCAUGCUCGUUACGUUUUUCCGCCCUGAAUUUGUGAAUACGGUGUAUGCUCAGGGUGGUCGGCAUUAGAUUCUACCCACCAAAACCACAUCGAUCGAGAGGGACUGAGAUUGACUUUUGGACACCUUGUGACAUGUUACACCAACGAAAGAUGCCUACGAUGUUUUGACGUAUUCGCCUCCCGGGGAUUCGCUUUAGUUUGCUUUGGGAGAUCGAGUUCUCGCCAACAAAGGGUGAAUAUAACGAGUAUAACUGUAUUUUGGCAAAUAUUGUACGUGAAGUUUUAAAAUAUGUUUCAGAUUUCAUGGGUCUACGUGAUACAGAUCUAGCACCGAACACUGUCGGUGGUUUUGGUGAAGUCUACAUCCACCAAAACCACUCAGGGUUUUAAUUUUUUUAGGCGCAUAGUUACGCUUCUGCAAAGUACUGACGGACUUUUUUAAGACCAUACUCAUAAAGCAUAAUAAUUAUUGACACAAACAAAAUUUUAAUCAUGAUUUUUAUAUAAGUUGUUAUUAUUUACACAUACAAACUAUUUUAUUUUCUUCUUAUUAUUUAUUAUUUUUUUAAUGUGCACUUGUGAGCAGCACACUAACACUUCCAGUGAACAGUUUCACUUGGGAGAAGGAGAAACCAUGCUUGCCCGGGGCAACGAAAAUUUUCGUGCCCCGGGCGAGAGUCGAACUCGCGACCUUCCAAAUCCCAUCAUCAGUCCCGGGAAACAAACAGGAACAUCAUGGCGGGAAUUUUAAGUUACGAACCCGCGUUCGAUAGGAAAAUUGCUGCGAAUUUUGGAUAUGUUUCUGAAGUUCAAAAGCCAACUGACGAUUGCGUUUUUCGCUGCCGUCAAUCAUCUUAACGGACCUCUUAGGAAACAAGACUUUACUUUAAUGGGUUCAAAAGGUCAAGUUUUCUGAUUUGUGAUUGGUGGAUUUCGAUCCGUUUUGUGUUUUUCUGUGUUUCAAGGUUCGUUGCUUGUGGUCGUAAUUAUGAUUGACGGCAGCGAAAAACGCAAUUGCGAAGGCGGCUUUUGAACUUUAGAGUUCGCAUGUUUGUGAAAAGCGCAGUAAAGCUGUAUUAUGUACAUUCAUAAGUCUCAGAAAUUUAGAAUUUUGGAGGUCAAUAUAUGUAGACUGGAAUGCUAAAAUCCAUGCCGGAAAGAAACUUCUUCUUGCAGGGGGUGGGGGGAGUAUAAAGCUCGCGGUAUUUACACCUAGCUAUAUAUCCUGGUUCCAGAGGUUGUUCCUGAUUUUUCUCCGCGUGAGAAAGAACGAGCACUUACCAGCGAGCUUCGCGAUUCGUUCUCGCCGCUCGUUGCUCGUUUCCAACAUCUUACUAACAUCUCAGUCAUUAUGUAUGAAACUGUAUCCCAUGAUAUAUUUUCUGCACCCCCACGUGAAAUGAACGCAGCCUUUCUCGAGCCUUUGUCUUUCUUUCAGCUCCCAGUACAGAAGUGUAGUACACUCUGCAGGUAUAGUAGAAUUCCGACUUCACUAACGCUAGAGCCCUAAUGGUUCAGUGGUUAGAACGUCCGAUCUAGUAUUCGGAUGUUCGGUUGUUCGUGCAUAUCAUCCGUACAUUUUCCGAGAAUCUUCGGUUACGACUUUUAAGUUAUUCAAAAUUUAAUCUCAGUCCCUCUCGAUCGAUGUGGUUUUGGUGGGUAGAAUCUAAUGCCGACCACCUGAGCGGUCGUGACUAGAAUGGAUACUCCAAAAUCAGGUAUCCGCUCGGAGACUGGAACUGAAUAAAAUUAUUUUUCGGCAAAUCGCUCCGACUCUUUACGACCUUGUUGUGUUGAAAGACUAAGUAUACAAAGACUGAAGAAGGCCAAGAUGAGAAUGGUUACUACAAAAUAUGGAUCAAAGCCUACAUAGAGGUUAGUUGUUUUUCACGUUCUUUUUGUAAGAAUUUAGUGCAAGGAGCAAACAAUGUCUGUUUAAUUACAGUACCACUACCGCGACUGCCGUGUAAAGCAAAGUAUCUGUUUGGAUACCUCAGAAUAAGGUGGAUACUUCAGAAUAAGAAUGGCCAAAAUAUGGAAGUUUUGGCCAUCUGGAUUAUUAUUACUGAACUUCCCAAUAUAAAACUGAUUGUUACUUUUACAAAGAGGGUACAAAUACAGUCAACCAUUGUGUAAUUAUGGCUCAGUUAAUUCGAAGCUUGCUUAUAGGAUAGCAGCCCGGUGUAGGGGGGUACUCGACCAAUAUUUGGGUGUAGGUGAGCCGCUGAGGGUUUGAAACCCAUACCCUGUUUAGGAUAACACCCUCAACUUUAGUACCCAGAUAGGACAGUUAACUCCCUCAGAUGGGGACAAGGUUAUCAAGCACACCUGUCAACUUGUACUUAUCUUAUUUAGACAAGGGUGCCAAGAACAAUAACGUUUAUAUUUAUUCCAGUAAAUGCUUUGGGUGAUGACGUACUAAAUAUCUGCAAACAUUUGCACUAAGACAAAAUCGAUCAUGCAUGAAAUACCCUGUUUAUAAUUAGAACAGACUCGCACAAAUCAUGCACACUGUUUAGGACAACCUCGUCCCCAGGGCGCUUUUCCCUGGCUUUGGGGGCGGGGCUGUGUUUACUGGAUCAGACAGCGUAUUGUCUAGAGAUUGGGCCCUUUGAAUGAACUAAUCCAUUUUCUCUACGAACGCAACGCAAGUCCUACACACCACUGUUGACCUAGCUGACCUCGUAUCGUCCUCAGAAAUUUUGAUCCCACACGUUUUUUUAACCUUCGAACACAGAUCUUUAGUUGAACCGGCCUUGCUGAAUAUCCGUAGCAUAUAGCGACUCUCAUAGGAACCACCACAUAGCCUGCAAACUGGAUUUCUUGCAGAAAUCUUCGUUGGAGUGGAAAUACUUUCCGCCAUUUCGAUUUCGGUAUAAUGCAUAAAUUAUUUUUAUUUGGUCAUUUUCUUACAUAAAUUACCUAAAUCAAUCAACCAAUCAAAAUGACGGAUCGACCGGCCGAUGCCAGGGCCUUUUCCCGCCCCGCCCCCAAAGCCAGGGAAAAGCGCCCUGGGGACGAGGUUGUGUUUAGGACAGACUUGCAGGAAAUUGCAUACCCUGUUUAGGACAGACUUGUGCCAAACUAUAUACCCUUGUUCAGCACAGAGAGGACAAAAACCAUACCCUGUCCAGUGGCACAUCCCCAUGGAGGCCAUAUAAGGGAGUACCCCCCCCCCCAGGGAUAGCAGACAGUUGUUGAAUUUAUGGCUCAACAUAAACUGUUUCUGUUUUCUUAUAUAAUUUAUUAUGGUUGAUUUUUUUUCACUUUUAAGUGGUAAGUUGCUGUUUAGUUUAGUGUGAGAAGAAUGGGUACUUUAUGAGAUUGUAAAAACCAAAGUGACCCUCACAACCUGUGGGAUACUCGGGUCAACCUUUUGGUGCGCUGGGUAUCUGGCACAAUUAGCCAACCAGAACCCAAAUCCUUUUACAGUCUUUUCUAUGACCAAAAGGUCCAAUGUUAGCUACUUUUGGCAAAUGUAAACUAUGUUAUUCCAAGUUAGUCAUUUUGUAUUCCUGAAUCUGCUGUGUGAACCUUUGUAAUUUCCAGUCACAUUGAAGGUGUUGAAAAUGCAGCCCCUUUAUUGUCCAUCCUGUCAUGAAAUGUUGCCCCAUUCACAGGUAGCCCAAACUCUGAAGGAGUUUGUUGGACUUUGAAUUUAUAAGAGAAUGUAUGACAAUAAACAAAAUACGUCCUAAAUUCCAUUUUUUGACAAAAAUAGAAAUGAAAAUGACUUACCUUGUGUUUUUGUUUUGUUAAGCUAAAAUGGCGUGGAUAUACCCUACUUCAAUAAUUAUUAUUUAUUUAUCAGUAUUUUGGUUAUUCAUUUUGAUAUUAGGCAGGUACCACAAGGAAAUGCUUUGGUUGUUCCUUUUUAAUUUAGAUGAUAGAUAACUUUGUAGGUGAUAAUUUUUGUAAUGCACUGAACUGGGGGCCUUUCUCUGCUACCAAAAGAAAAUCUUUCACUUUUAAAACAAAAGGGUCAAGGCUUCUUUGCUGAAUCAAGGCACUGUAUCGUGGAACACAGUGCUUUUUAGAAUUACCGCCAAAGUAGCAGCUUUAUUUCCUGAAAGAAUGAUUAUAAUGGAAGCUUUAUUUAAUGCAUGGCUAAUAUCUUUUUUCAGGUGACUUUCCACCCCCAGGGUACAUAAACGCACAUUGUGGAAGUGGAGAAAGAGUAAGAGGAAAGUAAAACAGAGGAAAGAAUUAUGAGAAAAGGAAGAAAUGAAAAAAUGGUUGUAGAAUUGUAAACAAACAACUUUAUUUUUAUAAAAGUAAUAAAUAAUUUUUCGUACACAUUUUAUCAAAUUCUUAGAGUGGUUUGUUUGUGGUUUUGAGAAUUUUAUUAACCAAAUGGUCAAGCUACCCAGACAUGCAACUGAGCAGCCAACUGCUUGGCCUCAAUGAAAAUUGUUUUUUUUCCUGUUUUCUUUUCUUUUUUUCAUUUUAUUUGCUAUUUCUCUUGAAGCCUUCUCCAAUUUUCUUCAUUUCUUCAUUUCUUUCUCCAACUGGUUUCUCUGUUCCUCACAAGCAUUUGACUGCAACACCCUCCGGACCUCCAACUCCUCCUCCUGUUACAGCUGCAACAUGGAUAUAUGUUGUAGUUAAUUUUUUAUCUCAGUUAAUUUUUAUUUUUCCAUUGUUUUUGGGUAUGGUAAUGUAUGCUAUUGCUAAUGAUUUUGAAACAAAGGAAAAACAAAAAUUACCUGAAAUAAAAAUAUUAACUGCAACAUAUACCUGCAUGAUCAUUUUUAUUCCAUUUUAAAUUUAUGAUAAGCUCACCAUACUGAGUGAAAAACAAAAAAAUAGCCCAUAACCAGCUUAAUGCUGAAGGUCUUGUCUCAUCAGGAGCUCAGAAGGCAAUCAAGGAAAUAGGUAAUAGGUCACAGGGAGGGGCAGGAAAACACCCCUCCCCCCUUGAGUGGAGGAAGGGGGAUGAAAAAGAAAAAUAAUUCAUCCCAGGAUCAACAGGAUCUAUUUCCACACUUUUCAACACCAUGAUGGUACCACUUGGCUGAGGACUAUUGUCAGAAAGUUCAGUGUGGAAUAGGGUAUGGAAGGCAGAGAGUUUUGGUGACAAUGAGGCUCCUAGGAUUUGAAAAAAAAACAAAACAAAAUACAAGUGCAAAAAAGCAACUAUAAAUAAUUUUGCAAAAAUCGUAAUAUUUAGGAUAAAUAAUUUGAAUUGAUACUAGAGUUUCUAGUAAAUGUAAAAAGAUAGCAGGUGAAUAUGGGCCGGCUGGCAGAGGCCAGCAGUAGAUCUAGGGAGGUCCCUGGCCCUCCAUAUUUCUAGAUCAAAUUGAGGACAACAUUGCCAAGAAAAUUCUUUUCUAGAUUGAGCUCCUCCAUACCUUAAGGUCUGAAUGAGUGGUUCCUUCCUGCCACCUUAAGGUCUGGUGAGAAUCCUCCCCUCCCUCUAGCCAACCCCUCUUCUUAUCUGAAGGUUCCGAUCUGCCACUGUAGGCUCCAGGUCCUAUAUCAGAGCUAUACAGAGACACUACACUAAUACAAUCUGCAGGACCAUUUUUUUUUUGUAACUUGAGCAUAUGUCUGCCUGCGCUUGUAAUAGUGAUCACCAAGCUACAAGAAGUAUGACCUGAAGUAAAUUAGGGACCUGUCACUUAUUAGAGGGGGGGCAGGGCUGGUGCAAUUCUUUUUUCGCAAGUGAUUUUUUUUUAUGCCCUCCCCCAAUUUCCUGCAGAAAAAAAUAUAACCCUCCCCCUUGUAUGGCCCAAAAUAGUUAUGACCCUCCCCACGCUAAAUUAACUUGUGAUGAAGGGAGGCGCCAAUACGACAUUCAGGAACAGGUAUCUAAGAUCACCUCAUGCAUUGAAGCAAUAUUGAGCACGAAUAAUCCUGGUGCUGCUGGAAAAUUUUACACGACCGAUUAUGUUCUUGUCCCAGCUGAUUAGUUAAUACUGAGGGCGAACAUUAUGAAGCUCAGUGAGUUACUAGAGAACAUAUUAGAUAUGGAUAGACGCAUUAAAGCUCACCUUAACACCCUGUUUCACUCAAAGACUGGUAAUUUUAUACGAGGAGAAGAGUAUUCUAAAUUGUUUGAUGAAGCUGUUAUUACAAGGCUUGAUGAAGCUAAAAAAAGAGUAAACAGUGAAUUGAAAUAUCUUAAUGAGAAACUUGAUCAAUGCAAUGACAUGUUUUGCAGUGUGUUGCUGUUGAAAAACAAAUCAAGAAAAAGACGUACAUGUAGGGUUGUUGGGUAGUUCAGGUUGAUCAUUAUGAAAGUUUAAAAUGCUUACUGUGCAAGGGACUUGUUUGUUAAAUAAUAUAUUUUAUUUGUUGAUUUAUUUUUAUUUUAAGUGAACAGCAAUGUUUGCUAAAAAUGGUAUGGCCCUCCCCAAAGCCCAGCUUAAAUUUUUGGUGACCCUCCCCUUUUUGGCUACAUAAAAUUUAAUGACCCUCCCCCCAAUUGCACCAGCCCUCCCCCGCCUCUAAUAAAUGACAGGUCCCUUAUGUUUUUUUUACUAUUGUUAACACUUGGAAUCAACUAACCCAUAAAAUUACAAGAUGGUUAACUGACCUUAACUGUAUUUGUACCCUCUUUGUAAACGUAACAAUCAUGUUUGUAUUGGGAAGUUCAGUAAUAAUAAUCCAGAUGGCCAAAACUUCCAUAUUUUGGCCAUUCUUAUUCUGAAGUAUCCACCUUAUUCUGAGCUAUCCAAACAGAUACUUUGCUAUGAAUAAGCUUUACACGGCAGUCGCGGUAGUGGCACUGUAAUUAAACAGACAUUGUUUGCUCCUUGCACUAAAUUCUUACAAAAAGAACGUGAAAAACAACUAACCUCUAUGUAGGCUUUGAUCCAUAUUUUGUAGUAACCAUUCUCAUCUUAGCCUUCUUCAGUCUUUGUAUACUUAGUCUUUCUUCACAACAAGGUCGUAAAGAGUCGGAGCGAUUUGCCGAAAAAUAAUUUUAUUCAGUUCCAGUCUCCGAGCGGAUACCUGAUUUUGGAGUAUCCAUUCUAGUCACGACCGUAUGCUCAGUGCAUUUCAAGCCCGAAGACUUUACAAGACCUUUUCAGUCUAAUCUAAAACGACUCCUUAGGGAAGAUGAAUUUGGAGUUUGCGUUUGGCCAACCAUCCAUGUUGGAAAAAGAGCAACUGAAAAUGAGCGUCAAGGUUCCCCAACAAAACGACAAAAGAGAAUGGCAAGUAAUCUUCUAUUGGACCUGCUAUUGUCACCCUGUUUUAGACAAGUAUUAUAUCAAAUUAUGAGCAACGUAUUCUUCCUUUAUAGAAUGUCAGAUCGGCCAAAGAAAGGAUGUCCAAUUUGGAUUCGUCGUGCGCAGCCACUGAGU